AUGUAUUUUAGAAGAUCCACGAGUAUUAAAUUGCUUCCAUUUGUUACUAUUCAAGAGAAAAAAGAAACUGAAGCCCAGAUUCGUGCUGAAUUAUUAGUAUUAGAAACUCAGGUAACCAAUUCAAAUAGUGAAGAAAUAGAAAGAAAUUUAGUAACUACCAACAAAGAUCUUCAAGAUUCGUUAAGCGCUGAGCUAUGGGGAUCAUGUUCAAUAUCUGAUCAAGAUCUUUUGGAAUGUUGA